AUGGGCGAGAGCUCCGGCAGGAAGCGGAUCCAGAUCGACGUGGUCUCCGACACAGUCUGCCCAUGGUGCUUCGUGGGGAAGAAGAACCUCGACAAGGCGAUGGAGCAGUCUAAGGACAGAUUUGACUUUGAGGUCCUCUUCUCCCAUCCCCUCUCCUCCUGGAAUCUAAUUCUGACCGUAAGUCUCUCUGUUCUGAUGAGCCCUCCACGCUUCCUGUUUCUGGGCAGGUGAGGUGGCAUCCCUUCCUCCUCAGCCCCUCUGCGCCCAAAGAAGGAAUCAAGAAGUCGGAGUUUUACCGGCAGAAGUUUGGAAAUCAGUCCGAGAGCAUCAACUCCAGGAUGAAGCAGGUCUCUACGCGCUCCCUAGCUGGCCCUUCAUCUGCUUCCAUUUGACUUUCUGCGAUCAGGGGUGGACCUCCAUUGUCGUUUAAUGUGCAGGUUUUCCAGAGCCUCGGCUACGAGUAUGACCUCUCUGGCUUGUGGUGAGUCAACGCCUUGAUGCCCGCCUGCCUGCCUUCAUUAACUGAUGAAGAGGGCUGAAAGGGAGGUGGUCAAAUGUUUGCAGGGGAAGCACCCUGGACAGUCACAGGCUGAUCGAUUUUGCUGGAAAGCAAGGGUUUCAGAAGCAGCAUGAUCUUGUGGAGGAGCUGUUUCUGAAUUACUUCACCCAGGGGAAGUAUAUCGGUGACAGGUGGGUUGACUUAGAGACCAUUUCUCCGUCCUUGCCAUUUUGUUUUAUUUUUUAAAUAAUAAAAAUAAAAGACGGGUUGACUUAGAGAUCAUUGAUGAGGAAUGUUUUCUGACCCGCCAAUUUCUUCAAUGAUAUCUUUAAUUUUUGGAUUCUAACAACAGCAUGGUCUCGUGGAGAAAAAACAGUAGGGCUCUUUCCACAUGCUCGUGCAACGAUCAUACCCACUUGGCAUCUCGCCUCUCUCCUGUAGGGCGUUGACUUGUUUGGGCGUCACAUUCAUCCUAACUCAAGUUAACAUGAGACAAGUCCUUGUGACGUUGAUGCAGGCAAGUCCUGUUGGAGGCUGCUGAAAAGGUGGGCGUGGAAGGUGCGGCAGAGUUCCUCGAGGACCCCAGCCAGGGGCUCAACGAGGUCCUCUCUCAUCCUCUCUCUCUCUCUCUCUCUCUCUCUCUCUCUCUCUCUCUCUCUCUCUCUCUCUCUCUCCUCCUUCUCUCUUAAGAAAAAUAAAGGCUUCAACCACGUUUGUACAGGUUAAAGAGGAACUGGGUAGAUAUGCGGAGCGAGUCAACGGAGUCCCACACUAUCUGGUAACUUGUGUAAUGAGAUUUUGUUAUCUUCUGGGCACACCCUGGACUUGGAAGCCUCUCAAACUACCUCCUUUCAGAUUAACGGAAAGGAAGAGUUCAGCGGCGGGCGGCCACCGGAAGCAUUCCUGCGGGCUUUUGAAGCUGCUGCCAAGUGA